AUGAGCUUCUCCAAAUGGAGGCAAAGGAGGAGAGGAAGCAUCAAGGAGUUGAGUUUAAAACACAAGAGGCUGGUAGAAGAAGAAGAGGCAGGUUUGGGGAAACCCCUGACGGGCUGGAGAAAGCGUGGAAAAGGAGAGGAGGAAACCAGCGCUCUCUUUGCUGCACUGAAGGAGCUUCAUGCUGAUAAGCAACGGCUGAUGGAUCAAGGGAAAGCACAAGAAGAGGAGGGGGAAGAAGAAGAGGAAGAUGAAGAUGAUGAAGAUGAUGAUGAUGACGAUGAUGAUGAUGAUGAUGAUGAUGACGAUGAGGAGGAGGAAGAGGAAGAGGAGGAGGAGGAGGAGGAGGAAGAGGAAGAAGAAGAAGAAGAAGAAGAAGAAGAGGCAACUGAGGCUCCCAGCAAUCAAACAGAAACUUACUCCAGCUCUACAGAGUCUCCCCUCAGCCAGUGUCAGACUGCUGACAGAGAAAUCAGCUGCAGGGGCAUCGGCAUGACUCUCCUGCCAAUCAUCCACAACCCGCUGGCCACAAAUCUGGACAUGGCAGAGAACAACAUCAGAUUCAUCAGUCCACAAGUUUUCUCUGGUGUGCCGAACCUGGACAUACUCGACUUGAGCAACAACAAACUGGAUGAUGAGUCUUUCAGCCAAAACCCCCUGUUGAACUUGACCUUUCUGAGGAAGCUGAACCUCGAUGGCAACCAGUUAACUAGCAUCCCAGCACUGCCACCAUCUCUGGAGGAGCUCAAGAUAAACAGAAACAAGCUCAGUGCACUCGGCCCUCACUGUUUCAAAGGUUUGAUGAACCUGUUGAAUCUGGAGCUUGAUGAGAACAUUCUCCAUGAGGGCAGUGUGUCACCUCUAGCCUUCAGAUCGCUAGAGGGACUUCUGAAGCUCCAGUUGGACAACAACCGCUUUCGUUCCCUCCCUCUGGGCCUCCCUCCCUCUCUUCAGGAGCUGGAGAUGAAUGGAAAUCUGAUUGAGGAGGUGACAGAGGAGGCACUGAGGGGCAAUGUCCAUUUGAGAGUGCUGGGACUGAGUCACAACCUGCUGCAUGAGCAAGGCAUCGCUACCAACGCCUGGAGCCGGCUCAAGUCUCUGGAGGCCUUGGACCUGUCCUACAACAAAUUCACCUCCGCCCCAAUGAAUCUGCCUCAUCGUCUCCAUAAACUGACCCUCCAACACAACAACAUCAGUCACAUUGCCGCCUUCACGUUCCGUCAUAUGCGGUCCAGUCUACAGUCCCUCCGUCUAUCCCACAAUGCCUUGAGCAAUGAGGGAAUUGAACGAGUCUCUUUUGUUGGAACGUACCGCUCACUGGGUGAGCUCCUAUUGGACAACAACCGUCUGCGUGAGGUCCCUCGCUGCAUUCGACAGUUUAAGAACCUGCAGGUGUUGAGACUGGACAACAACCAGAUCAGGCUGGUGAGGCAGUGGGGAGUGUGCCACCCUCGUAAUUCUGGCUCCAUCUUGGCUUCAAUCCACUUGGAAAAUAAUCUACUGGAUGUGGAGAGGAUUCCCCCAAAUGCUUUCUCCUGUCUCACUGAUGCUCAGGGACUGGUCCUCUAUCCACAACAGAGGCUCUCACAUGACCAAUAGACCACACAGUGGGAAGGAUUUACAUGGACAGAUACAUACCCACAAUAUACGCAUGUGUGUCAUUGUGACAAACAGCUAACCAAUACUUUCUGUUUAUUUUCUCUGUAGGCAGGGUUUACAGAAAAAUAGCAUUAUCAUGUAGUUUGCUUAGUCAGUCAGUGCUAUCACAUUAUCAUCCCCAAACCGAUAUUUUUCUUUCACAUCUCACCUUUGAUUAGGAAAAUGACAGUAAUGUGUUUGCAUGUAUGAAAGCAAAUGUGUAAUUUACACAGCUAUGGGAAUAAUAAUUAUGUAAAAUGCUCUUGGAAGUGUAAAAAGGAGAGUACACUGCAGUGUAAUCCAGAACCGCUCAAUGCACAUAUCAUUUCAUUUAAGUAUGAAGUAUUUAAUUUAUAUUUUUGAGAGAAUGAAGACUGAAAUGGAUUAACCUAUGUCUCUAGACUAAGUCUGGGGCUUGUGGGCGGAGCCUUUUGUCAGUGUAAGAUGAAAUAAAUUGGAUGUGACAGGGAUACCAGCUGGUCAUCAAGCAGUCAAAUCCAGGGACUGCAGCAUGGGGGUCCCUGAGAGAUGGUGAAAAUGUCUGGUGACAAAGUGUGAACUUAAGGGGCCCAAUAGGAAGCAAAAUAUAAACAUCACGCAGGUUCCCUAUCACCAGAUGCUUUCCAACAUAAACAUCCACCACCAACCGCUCAGCAAAUAAAGCCACUCUAGCUGUGAGGGGGGCCUCAGUCCGGGCCUCCAAAAAUGUAUGGAUGACGUAAGUCACUGUCGGAUUUUGUUCAGUAAUUGGGGUGCAAGUAUAUGUGCGAGGACUGGGGCUGCCCAUUAUCUGGGUUAGCAGGAGGGAAUACAGGGGAAAAGGUGAGGUUAAUGGAGCUAAGGGGAAAACAACAAGCUGCCUUUCAAGACACAAUACAGCGAUUGUUCUUAGAAAGUCUCUGAGUUUAGUGUAAGAUGAGAAAAGCAGCAGUUCAUGUCUCGUUGAUUCCACAAAGAUGUGGCUAGAAGACCAAAAGGCAAGGAGACAGAGAGCUGGAGCUCGCUCAGAGCUCUUUACUGUUUGGGAACUAAAGCCACUAAAGCUCUGGUGUCCUGCCAACCUUGUUGAUAAAGUGACUUCCAAGACUGCAGUGUUCUCUCUUUCUCUCUCUCUGUCUGUCUUUCGGCACAACUUCAUCUCACUUUCCAUAUUCUGCUGGUUGUCCCUCGUCCUCUCGCAUAGUUACGUAUAAAAUAGCAAACAAUGCACCAUUCUUCUGUCUCAACAUAUCUAUGAUCUCGGCUGCCUGAUCUCUUUGAUGUGAGUAUAAAGUGAAUGAGAGCCUUGUCUGCAACAUUUCUGUGUCAAGAAAAACACAAACCCAGUUGCACUCUCUGUUAUUGUUUUCACUGCAACAACAACGUUUUAUUCCUCUCAUUCUGUAUUAUUACCCAAAACUCUAAGGUGAACUCACACACCUCAACUAACAAUGUAGUCAGGCCCU